AAAAUGAGUUCUUCAGCAAGAAGAAAGGGAAAACCAGGCAAAGGAAGUGGAAAAGGGUCCUCUAGGGGAGGCCGCGGAGGCAGGAGCCACAGCAGUAAACCUCAUGGAGGUGGCGGUGGAGGCGGAGGCGGCGGCAGCGGCAAUAAGAAGGCCUCCAGCAGACUUUGGGAUGAUGGAGAUGACUUUUGUAUCUUCAGUGAAUCAAGGCGUUCAUCCAGGCCCAGCAGCAGUAACAUAAGCAAAGGGGAGGCACGCCCCAAACGGAAAUCUGAAGCCAAAGUGCCCCUUCAGACUCUACACAUGACUUCUGAAAACCAGGAGAAAGUGAAAGCUCUCCUCCGAGACCUGCAAGAACAGGACGCAGACGCGGGAUCUGAGAGAAGUGUUUCUGGGGAAGAAGAAGAUGAGGAGCCUGAUUACUGUGAUGAUGAGCAAUACUGGUCAGCUAGACCAGUGGAAGCUUCCCUGGUUCCAGAUCCAAAGCCUUCGGAAUGUGCUGGACCAGUCCUGGUGGAGCCUUAUCUGCCAGAAGUGACAGUCUCACCCUUUGCAGUGCAAAAGCUUUCCAGGUAUGGUUUCCACACUGAGCGCUGUCAGGCAGCCCUGAGGAUUUGUGGCGGAGACAUUGGGGCAUCACUGGAGUAUCUCCUCACUCAGUGUUUCUCAGAGACCUUUGGAGAAAGAAUGAGGGUCCCCGAGGCCGUCGCUUGCAUUAGCUUGGAUGAAUGUGUGGAGCAGCGGCAAGAAGAGGCACUUGCUCUGAGGUCAAUCUGUGGAGAAAAAUUCGUAGAAAGAAUUCAAAACAGAGUUUGGGCUAUUGGGUUAGAAUUAGAAUAUUUGGCAAGUAAAUUCUGCAAAUCCAAGCAAAAGGGAAGUGCCAGAAAUGUCCAGGAGACUUCGCUUGAAACAUGUAAAUUUUACCUCAAAGGAAAUUGUAAAUUUGGAUCAAAGUGCAAAUUUAAGCAUGAAGUACCCCCAGAUCAAAUUGUUGGAAGAGUCGAAAGACGUGCAGAUGAUUCUCAUCUUAAUGAAGAUACAUCUUUUUUAUAUGAACUUGAAAUUCGAUUUUCUAAAGACCACAAGUACCCCUACCAAGCUCCCCUUGUGGCAUUUUAUUCCACCAAUGAGUAUCUACCUCUGGCUUGUCGUUUACAUAUUUCUGAGUUCCUUUAUGGCAAGGCCUUGGCAUUUGCAGAAACUUCAGAACCUUCAGUAUAUUCUUUGAUUACCCUUUUAGAGGAAGAAUCAGAAAUCGUCAAGUUGCUGACAAACACCCAUCAUAAGUACAGUGUUCCUCCUGCGAACUUUUUACCAGCACCCUCUGGAAACAGGAUGAAUAAUCUUGUCUGUCAUAACACAGUGAUUCCAAAGAAUUCUUUUUUUUCAAAUCAAAUUGCAGCAGUUGUAAAAGAAUCAGAACCUGAGGAAGAGGCAGAUGAGGAUGAAGGUCCUGCACCAGUUAUAGUGGAGAAUGAAAGCUAUGUGAACCUUAAGAAAAAGAUUUCCAAAAGAUAUGACUGGCAGGCAAAGUCAGUACAUGCUGAAAAUGCUAAAAUCUGCAAGCAGUUCCAAAUAAAACAGGCUUCCAGACAGUUCCAGUCAAUUUUGCAAGAAAGACAGUCCCUGCCAGCUUGGGAAGAAAGAGAAACCAUUCUCAAAUUGCUGCGCAAGCACAAAGUACUUGUCAUAAGUGGUAUGACUGGAUGUGGGAAAACGACCCAGAUUCCACAGUUUAUUCUGGAUGAUUCUCUGAAUGGGCCUCCUCAGAAGGUAGCUAACAUAAUCUGCACCCAGCCCCGACGAAUCUCUGCCAUCUCUGUCGCUGAACGUGUUGCCAAAGAGCGAGCAGAGAGGGUCGGCCUGACUGUUGGGUACCAGAUCCGCUUGGAGAGUGUCAAGUCCUCAGCCACCAGGCUGUUGUACUGCACCACAGGAGUGCUGCUGAGAAGACUAGAAGGAGACACAACUCUGAAAGGAAUCACUCAUAUUAUUGUGGAUGAAGUUCACGAGCGAACAGAAGAAAGUGACUUCUUGCUGCUGGUUUUGAAGGACAUUGUGUCACGGAGGCCAACUCUUCAAGUUAUUCUGAUGAGUGCGACUUUGAAUGCUGAGCUCUUUUCAGAAUAUUUUGAUUUUUGUCCAGUUAUUACCAUACCAGGACGUACGUUUCCUGUUGAUCAGUUUUUUCUAGAAGAUGCAAUUGCUGUGACAAGGUAUGUGAUACAGGAUGGAAGCCCAUAUCUUCGUUCCAUGAAACAGAUUUCAAAGGAGAAGCUUAAAGCAAGGCGCAACAGAACUGCGUUUGAAGAAGUAGAGGAAGAUCUGAGGCUUUCCCUUCACCUCCAGGAUCAGGAUCCUGUGAAGGAUCAAGUGCCAGAUCAGCAGCUAGAUUUUAAACAGCUGCUCACCCGCUAUAAAGGGUUUAGCAAAUCAGUAAUCAAGACACUGUCCGUGAUAGAUUUUGAAAAGGUUAAUUUUGAACUAAUAGAGGCCUUGUUGGAGUGGAUUGUGGACGGGAAGCACUCCUACCCUCCAGGGGCUGUCCUUGUGUUUUUACCGGGACUAGCAGAAAUCAAAAUGCUGUAUGAACAGCUCCAGUGUAAUUCUCUCUUCAACAACAGACGUAGUCAUCGAUGUGUUAUUCAUCCACUUCAUUCAUCUUUAUCCAGUGAAGAGCAGCAGGCUGUAUUUGUAAAACCUCCUGUAGGUGUAACUAAAAUUAUAAUUUCUACCAACAUUGCUGAGACGUCCAUCACCAUUGAUGAUGUUGUCUAUGUCAUUGAUUCUGGGAAAAUGAAAGAAAAGAGAUAUGAUGCCAGCAAAGGUAUGGAGAGUCUAGAGGACACGUUUGUGUCUCAGGCUAACGCCUUGCAAAGGAAAGGCCGAGCUGGCCGUGUUGCCUCUGGGGUCUGCUUCCAUUUGUUCACUAGCCAUCACUACAACCACCAUCUGUUAAAGCAGCAGCUACCAGAAAUACAGAGAGUGCCACUGGAACAGCUGUGUCUGAGAAUUAAAAUUUUAGAGAUGUUUAGCACUCAUCCUCUCCAGACUGUGUUCUCUCAGCUCAUUGAACCUCCACACAUUAAUUCUCUCCGUGCGUCCAAAAUACGAUUACGGGACUUGGGAGCGUUAACUCAAGAAGAAAAAUUAACCCCUCUUGGGUACCACUUGGCCUCUCUGCCCGUGGAUGUGAGAAUUGGCAAACUGAUGCUGUUUGGCUCCAUUUUCCGCUGUUUGGAUCCUGCCCUUACCAUUGCUGCCAGUUUGGCCUUUAAGUCUCCUUUUGUGUCUCCUUGGGAUAAAAAAGAAGAAGCUAACCAGAAAAAGUUGGAAUUUGCAUUUGCAAAUAGUGAUUACCUGGCCCUCCUACAAGCAUAUAAGGGUUGGCAGCAAAGUUCAAAAGAAGGUAUGCGUGCAAGUUACAAUUACUGCAGACAGAACUUCUUGUCUGGAAGAGUGCUUCAGGAAAUGGCUAGCCUCAAACGACAGUUCACUGAACUGUUAUCGGACAUAGGGUUUGUAAAGGAGGGCCUGAGAGCAAGAGAAAUUGAGAAAAGGGCCCAAGGAGGAGAUGGUGUGCUGGAUGCCACAGGAGAAGAGGCAAAUUCAAAUGCUGAGAACCCUAAGCUGAUAUCAGCAAUGCUAUGUGCUGCUCUAUAUCCAAACGUAGUGCAGGUGAAAAGCCCAGAUGGAAAAUUUCAGAAGAGCAGUGUUGGAGCUGUCAAAAUGAAACCAAAAUCAGAAGAAUUGAAAUUUGUCACCAAGAACGAUGGCUAUGUACACAUUCACCCUUCAUCAGUGAACUACCAGGUCAGACACUUCGACAGUCCCUACCUAGUAUACCACGAGAAGAUCAAAACAAGUCGGGUGUUCAUCCGAGACUGCAGCAUGGUGUCUGUGUACCCACUGGUCUUGUUUGGAGGAGGCCAAGUGAAUGUCCAGCUUCAGAGGGGAGAGUUUGUGGUCUCCCUGGAUGAUGGCUGGAUCCGAUUUGCUGCUGCCUCCCAUCAGGUGGCUGAAUUAGUAAAAGAACUCCGUGGUGAACUUGACCAGCUUCUCCAGGAUAAAAUCAAGAACCCAAGCAUAGAUCUGUGUACGUGUCCACGAGGAUCCCGGAUCAUCAGCAUGAUUGUGAAACUUGUCACCACACAGUAAAGCCCAGACGAAGAGGGAUGCUCUCCACUCAGCUGCUCCUCACUGGCCUGGGAAAGCAGCAGCACCUCUACCUCCAGCUAGAGACCUGUGCUGGGGCCUGGUGGAG